AUGAGCCCCCUCAGGCCUGCCGCAGACUCCGUGACGGAGCUGGAACGUGCUCUGGAGAGCUGCAGGGUGGAGUUCAACGAAAUAGAUGAAGUGUGGCCCAACCUUUAUAUCGGCAACAUUGCGAUAGCCCACAACAAGGAAGAACUGAAGAAACUUGGCAUCACCCACAUACUGAACGCUGCACACGGCGCCUGGGGGAGCAAAGGAAGCCAAGCCUUCUACGGCAGGGAAAUCCAUUACUAUGGGAUAGAGGCAGAAGACUCCACAGACUUUGACCUCAGCAUUUAUUUUCGCCCUGCCUCCGCAUACAUCCACAAAGCGCUGGGGGCACCCAAUGGAAGGAUCUUGGUUCACUGUGUUCUUGGCAAAAGCAGAUCAGCCACCCUGGUUCUGGCCUAUCUCAUGAUUUUCCAGAAUUUCUCCUUGCCUGAGGCUGUAGAAAGAAUUCUGCAGAGUCGAGCCAUCUCCCCAAACAGAGGAUUCUUGAAACAGCUCCAAGACCUAAACAUGGAGCUGCAGCACAAGAUAAAGCAGUGUCAGCUUCUGUAA